AUGCCGCAUACAGGUCAAGCUGGUGUUAAUCAGUUGGGAGGAGUUUUUGUUAAUGGACGUCCUUUGCCAGAUUGUGUACGGCGACGCAUUGUGGAGUUGGCUUUGUGCGGUGUUAGACCUUGCGAUAUAUCACGACAACUAUUAGUAUCUCAUGGCUGUGUUUCCAAAAUUCUUACACGCUUUUAUGAAACUGGUUCAAUACGUCCCGGGUCUAUAGGAGGCAGUAAAACUAAGCAAGUGGCCACCCCUACAGUCGUCAAGAAAAUAAUACGUUUAAAGGAGGAAAAUAGUGGCCUGUUUGCCUGGGAGAUACGUGAACAAUUGCAGCAGCAACGUAUAUGCGAUCCCAGCUCGGUACCAUCUAUUAGUUCCAUUAAUCGUAUUUUACGCAAUAGUGGUUUAUGGACCGAUGAAAUGACAUCAAAUCAACAAAAUGCAGCUGCAGUAGCGGCAGCUUCUGGAGGCCAUCACGUAACAGCAACUCCAUACAAUGCACAAAAUCAGUUGUACAAUAAUCCCUCUAACUCCUCAAGCGUAACAAGUUCAUCAUCUGAUCCGUCAACUUACACACACACCAGAUCUUCUCAUUCUCAGCCACCACAUGGCCUACCAAAUCAUUACCGAUAUGGAGAAGUUUCUAAUGCUGCAUCUACCACAAAUGCAUUUGCAGCAGUUACUGCUGCUGACCAUCCCAUUAAGCCUUCGCCAAAACAUCCCUUAAAUGCUUUGGCAACCACUAGUUCCAGCCCAACGUCGCUGACAACUCAAUUAACAGCACAAGAUCUCUCGUAUUCGGCGGCACUACAGAAACAUUGGUUUUGGAAUCCUUCCCUUCUCUACUACACACAACAUGUCCAAGCCGCCAGCCAAUUCCUGCCCUACGCUGCUCAUACUCAGACCCCUUCAAAUGCAUAUUUCCCUUCGACUCAGCACGGCUCCAGCAGUGGCGGUUACACCAAAUCGGAAAGUUCCCUUGAUUUGACUACACCCUCGGCGGGUGAUGCUUUAAGUGAUUGCGAUUCUGGUAAAUCAUCCCCGGCAACUAUAAAUCUAACCACGUCUUCUUCAACGCGUAAACGCAAUCCCUACUCCAUAGAAGAGCUCCUAAAGAAACCAGAGAAGCGAAUGCGCCUGAAUGCUUCACUCGAUCAGAAUGACCUGAAACGAAAUAGUUUCCUUAAUCUAAGUCCCAAGAAAGAGGACUGCAACAUUAGUGUGUGUUCGGCCAGUAGUAGCAGCAAUCACAGCAGUACCGGCAGCCACAUCAGUUGUGUGGGCGAGGACAGUUGCGACGAUGAACGUCGUUGUUCGCCAACACUGAAUGUGGCUAAAAACGAAUCGGAUGAUAACUGUGAGACAGUAGAGGUGGUCAAUUAAGGUGUCAUCGGUGUUAAUAAUGUAUUUUUUUUAAUGCUUAUUUACUAAUUUGUUUUAAAAUUUGUAAAAGUAUUUGUUCAUGUAUUUACGAGUAUUAAUUUCAGUUCUAUUCAAUGUAUGUAUAUAAAUAUUAAUGUAAGUGUAUUAAAUGUUUG